AUGAGAAAAUCCAGCUCAGGCCGGCAGCGGGCCGGCUCAGAGGCAUCUUCGAGGUACGAGCGACCGAGAAAUGAUGAUCAGGAUUCCCCAACCGGACAUUUCGCCCCAGACGCGACGACAACCUCGUCGCGCCGAAAAUCCAGCCGUCCCAGCUACCAUGAAGAGCCCGAUGCCACUUAUGCGACAACGAUCACCGACGAACCCUCACAGAUAUCUGGUCGAUACCGAGAUGAUACGCGAAAAGAAUCUGAACGCAACGACACGAGGAGACGGCCAAGCAAGACUGAAAGAAGGACGAAACAUGAAAGGAGUCGGGGAAGCACGGAAGAUACCGAGUCAUGGAAACCGAAGAAAGAAGAUAGCCCUCGCGACUCUCGUCGGACCAGGAAGUCUAGUGAAAAGAAGGACAGUGCCCGCGACUACCGGCAUAAUAGUGCUUCACUACCUCAAAACCAGUUUCCUGGAGAGUUUCCGUCUACGUACUCUCAGCCAUACCGACCACCUGGACUGGCGGCAGAGUACUAUGGUGACCAGGGCGAGUCAGUAGCCUCCCAACCUGGCGUUCGUCCCAACGCCCCAAAUAUUGUCACCAGCGCAGAGCAGGCCCAUCUCCAGGAGCCCACCGUCGAAGCCAAACCCCCUCCCGAGCCGAGCAGUAUGGGCCAAGUCGGUGCUGCUGCUAGCUAUUUCGGUAAAACCAACAAUGAUAGCGACAUCGGGUCGCAAUCGACACCCUCUAAACCUCACCAGAAACCGAGCUUGGGAUCUAACAAGCCUCCCAAGCACGGUUCCUAUGGAGCGAGUCCCAGAUCUAGCCCAGGCCCUCCGGGUAACCACGCACCACCUUUUGAUGUCGCUCCUGGUGCGGUCGGCUCCUUUCCGGUCUCAGGCACUGCUGUGAUCGGUGCAGCGGCCGAGUAUUAUGCCGGUGGAGGUGGAGGUGGAGGCGGAGGUGCAGGACCGUCAGCCAGUGCAUAUCAAACGCCCAACAGACCUCCAGCUGGGCUACACGUUACAUCAACCCCCUAUUCCGCGCCUGCCGGCUUCGGAGUCUCACACCAGCAUUCAAAUGCAGGUCUGUACGGUGGCGCGGCGGCCCUUGCUGGAGCGGCAGCUGGUGCCUACGUCUCUGGCCACCCUCACAAUACGCCCUCACUCCACCAGCAUCAACACUCAGCGGAUAUGGCCGGACUAGCACAUGAUCACUCUGUAUCACAUGGUCACCAGAUGCAUCAUGCCCACCGACAUAAACAUCAGGGACUAUUUGGACGAUUCAUUGACUGGUGGCGAGAUCCCGAAGCAGUCGCGCGAUUCGAGGAGUACACCGAGACAAUUGGUGUUUGUAAAUAUUGCUUCGAUCCCAGGAGUUCACCUGCCGAUGCACCUCGCAGACAUGACUAUCGCCGGCGAAAGCCAUCCCCCGGGAGCCGGUAUGGGAGUACGACACGGGUAGACAAGAUGUAUAGGCAUAGCUCGGAUGAAAAUCUUCGAAAAUCCUCCUCACUCAAGAAGAAGAUGGUGGUCGGUGCCUUGACUGGCUAUGGCGUGGCGAAAGUUGGGCAAGCAGUGGUUCAACAGAAACAUGGCUUCGAUGACACAUAUUCGGUGAAGUCAGGGCGACCUGUGAACCAGAGCCGAGUCAGCUUUCAAGCCGAACAACCAUUCUCGCAAGACAAUGAUGCAGGAUUUCAGGAUCCAAAGAGGGUGGGGAGGAGUAGCGUAUCUUCAACCCAAAGAAGACAUCGCGCCGGUCGAUCGAGCUCAUCGUCCUCGAGCUCGUCUUCACACAUUGUCUCCCGUGGCGCAGUAUUGAGCGCUGGAAUGGGCGCUGCUGGGGUUGCCGUUGGUGCUGCAGCUCUGGGCGCAGACUCCCGGCGUCAAAGGAAAAAUAGAAGUCGGUCCCCAAGCUCGGGGAGGAGAUAUUUUUCCAAACGAGUCUCACCAAUGCAUUCAUAUGUCGACCUGUCAACGACCAACGACGGGUCAGGUGGUCUGAUGGGCUUCUUCACCAGCCCAUCAGCUAAUUUAAAGAAGGGGAAGAAACCAAAGGGCCUCUUCAAUUUCUCAAAUGCCUCAAGUUCCUCAUCUGACGCUGAUCUACGGUAUGGUGAGGGAACCAUACGUCGGAAACCCUCCAAGAGGCGACUUCCAGAAAGACAAGGCAGACAGCAUCGCAACAACCCCGUGCCGCCGAUGGAAGACCUGUUCAAUAGGGGUGCUGCUCUUGCUGACGAGGCUAACAGAAGAGAGCAUAAAGGUAGGCAAAAAUAUGACGCUAACAAGUAUGUAGGCCCGGGCAGCAGGGGCCCACAUGGUCGAAUCUCCAUGGCUGACCACGAAACUACUGACGAACGCGAUGACGAAUGGUAUGACACAGAUGGUGAAGUCGACUCCGAAAGCAGUGUGGAUACAGCAAUGGCAUAUGGUGGAGGAUUCUCUGCUUCCAAGAGCCGAGAGCAUCUCGCUCAAGGUGGCCGAGCAUCAGUAUCGGAUUACAACUUCAGAAAAGAUGACCAAAGGCGACAUCGGAACAGCUUGGGACAGGCGAAAUUCGGGGACGCACCAUCUUUUCCCACCUCAUCAAUCGAAACGGCCGCUGUGGUGGGUGCAGCAGGAGCCUUGGGUGGUUGGAUGGCUUCUAACGCACUCUCGCAGGAAUCAAAUCCACCCCCAACCUACAGCGCGCUAGAUCCGAUGCGUGAGCUAGAACCCCGACCAGUGUCUAAUCCCCCGUCGAAGGCUGCUUCUCCCUAUGCUACCAGGGUAUCGUCGACAUCUGUGCCUCUACAACAGCCCCAACCGAUUCCCCUUAUCGCACCUUUUAUAGGCCAGAAUAUCUCAGAAGAUAUCCAGCUUGAAGGGCAGACGUCAUUGAAAGGACAGAGAACCCGGGGCCAUGUUGCACGAGAUUCGAACUCGCCUGAGCUUCCUUCCCAGGGUCCGAGGAGCAGCGUCAAUUUCAACCUGACUGACGAGCAGCUCAAAAAUGAGGAACGCUCCAGUGGUAAGGACAAGGGGCGGGGCUCAAGGUCUGACGACAAUAGACGAGGAAGGCCCACAGAUUCUACUUUUCCCGUGGAGUCUACACCAAAUGCUCGCAAGCCAAUGCGUGACGAAAUAUCAGCAAGGCCAGGACGAUCGUCUGAUGCGGGUGGUAGCUCUUUGGAUGCUGACAAACGAGUGGCUGAGAUCGAUCGUGAACUAAAGAGGCUCUACCAGGAGCACGAAAAAGCUGAAGAACGGAAACGGAAGGACUCGAGUAUAAAGAGAGCUGUCGAAAGUUCUGUCAUCGGUGCUGCAGCAACUGUGGCCAUAGGUGGUAUGGCAAAUCAAGACGACAGGAGUCGGUCGGGUGAAGAAGCAACCCCGGCCCGAAAGUCUAGCUUGAAGACGAGAGAAAAGGACGUCUCUUCCCCACCUGAGACGCAGCAAGAAAGAAUUGCCAGAAUGGCUGCUCAGCGAGUUCGUUCAACGCCAUCACCGGUCCAGCAUGACGAUUAUAGUGCCUUCUUCGUUCCCACAGAGAUCAAGGAGCAUCUCAAAGAACACAACGACAAGGCUGAACACCGAGAUGAGUUCGGGGCAACUGUAGUUGAAAUUGCUCCUGGAGCACCCAAACCUGGAAGCUCACAUCCGUUCGACCCAUUCAACUAUCGUCCGUUUGGUCUUAGAUCGGAUGACGACCCAUUGUUACACCCUUGGCCUGUCCCAAUGCUUGGAUUGAUUGAGCCUACACCACCUGGAAGCCGUGUCCACAGUAUCAGGGGCGAUGAAACGCCCAUCAUCGAGCCCAAAUCGAACGAGGCAUCCGAUGAUAUUGGUGAGCCGCUAGAACGGAAGGAGUCUAAAGUGACGUGGGGAGAUCCUGACACUUAUGUUUACGAAGUCGUGACUCCAGAAUACGAGCGCUCUGAGUACGGACCUGAUUCGCACUUUCAGGAUCAGAGACCUGCAGAUCUUCCAUCUCCGGAUGAAGUUGUCAAAGUGCCAUUUUCGGUCACUGAAGAUUCACAACAGCGACCAGCUGUGGGUCGGGCCUGGACACUGGAUGAACAAGAGGCAGAGAGUCUUGAGAAGGAAGUGUCCGUCAUUGAUGACAGACCUCACAUAAGCCGCACUUGGACGGUUGAUGACAAAGAAGCUGAGGAAAUUAAUCAGGAACCACAGCCUCAAUCUAAGGAGGGCUCCCAGGAGACGACUCACCAUAGCACGGAGCAUGAGUCUACUCCUCAACGUGCUAUUUCCCCGGUCAAUGGUGAUCUUGAAGAGCAGCACAAAGACUCAUUCCCACCAGAGACGGAUGAGAUCCACGGAAAGAAAGCACUUUAUCAAAGCCCUUUUGCGGAAACAGUGAGCGAUCCGGGCAUCACAGGGAUCAAUUCCCCUUCAGUUCCACCCGAUACUAAGCCGACAACUGUUCUCGCCUUGGAAGAUGUGGGAGACCGAAGUAGAACAGCCCUGCUUGACCAAGAAAUCACGUCUGACGCCACCAGACCGAGCAAGAGUGACCUGCGUCGUCGAGAGCGUUCCCGCUCUUCUGGAGAUGCAUUUGAACCUCCCUCGCCACAGCAAGUUUCGUCUGAAGUCAGGGACGACGUCAGUCCCAGACAACCAUUACAUGCCACCGACAGUGACCGCAACCUCGCGAAGAGCGUCUCAUCCAAGACCUCCGCACUGGACAUGGUGUUAGGUACAUCUGCUGUUCUCGCUGCGAACCAGUUGAUCAAGGAUGCUGCUGAACAUGACCACAUCAGCUCACCCAGUAGAGGCGAAGCUCUAUCAUCUCGAGUCGAGGGGCCGACUACGCUUAGUGAUGCAAAUUCGGGGCGUCGACAGAAAGAUUCCAAGGGAGAAUAUCACUCAGAUCCAGAGGAAUGGGAACGACUUCGGGAAAAGUCGAAGGGGUCGAAGUCCAGCUCCAAGAGCGACGUGGGCGUGAUGACAUCAAGAAAAUCUGAGAAUAGACGCUCAGAUGACAGUGCAGACUUCGAACCACUUUGGAGAUCCCGUACCGACGAUGAUCUGUAUGAAAAUGAAAAGUCUAAGCGAAGGUCAAGGCACAGCAGUGGUGAUCUUGUUGAGGCUCCAGCAACGAGCCGAAACCGCAAGGAUGAUAAGAGAACCUCGCGAGGCAAACACCGCGGAACCUCUGACGGAGCUCAGAAAGCAGACAACGCGUCUAUCGUGAGCAACGCGCCUGAUCGAGGACCGAAGGAGUCUAGUGGCUUUUUCAGCAAUAUCUUCUCCAGUAACAAGAGUGAUGUCAGUACAUCUAGCAAGAAGAGCGCAAAAUCUUCUAAGUCAGACAGUCGAGCAGAUCGAGAACGAUCUGAGAAAUCCGAAUCUCGAAGAAAACGCAGGUCAAGGGACAAACCUGAGUUUGAUGAUGUCGCAUCUGCAGCAUCUGAACCAGCUACAAGGAGUCAACACAGCCCAGAUCGUCAAACCCGGAAUGCCGGGCAAAACGAGAUAUCCAAUGAUCAGACUGUCGACGACGGAUUUGUUUCUGCCGAGGAGACCGCAGGAACACCGCUUCAGGACAUGACAGAACAAGAGUCUUUUUUAGCAAGUCGCCCCGAAAUGCCACAACCAAUGGUCACGGAUACGCCAAUGGAUAUUGAUGGUGUCUCGGGGCAAAUGUCUGAGACAGACACGUCUUCACCGCCCGAUCCCAUCAGUAGUGUCCACGCACAUGGAACAAUCAGUCCUACAGAGAACGAGCACGUUGCGGCUCUCCCUACGACUUGGAUGGAGGAUGUUCAUUCGGGGAUUUUGCCUGACGAACCAGCAACUGGCGUUGGCGAGGAAGAACGGAGUUUCAAGGAAUCUUCUUCGAGCCCCUUUCCCAUACCCGCAGCCUCUCGACGCUUGUCUGCUAUACGGACAGGCGAUAUCCCUUCCAGCCCACUGGUGGCUAGCUCCCCAACCGCUGUGCCGUUGCAUUUCCGACGGCCUCCCAUCUCGCCCACUAACCCACGCUUCUCUAUGAGUUCGCCAGUUAUGUCUCCAAGCUCACCACUGACCACCCCACGAACUCGACAAGGAAGGCCAAAGUCGACGGAAUUUCGUUCGAGCAAAGAAUUCCGACCGCUGUAUCUUGUAGAGAGACAAAAUUUUGCGAAAGCAGCGCCACCGGAACUUUCAGAGGAGUACCCAUCGUUGCCAUCAAGUAAAACCAGCUCCGCCCAUCCGUCCAUGGAAGAUCUUCGCGCAGAAGCUUAUCUGCAAAACCUGCCCGACUCCUUUACCCCGUCACGCAUCAGCGCGGAAAGCUUUCGUGAACAUGGCAGGAGACACAGUUACUCGUAUUGGCAUGAUGAUGGUGAGAAACGGCGAGAAUCACCAGACUAUCUGGAUUCUCGAUCAGCCACACCAGUGCCUGGUGAAGCACAAAGGGCUCGUGACCAAGAAAAGAAGCCCAAGCCAAAAUAUGAGUUCCAUUCACCGAGCGAGUUGCUCCAAGAUCCGGCCUUUUUUCAUGAUGAAGCUCUGGUGGACGAGGAAGUUGUGCCUCAUAGCCCCCUCCCCAGUGUCGCAAGCACGGACGUCGAUCAGGACUACGUGAGUGCACGAAGUAGGAGUCUGUCUCCCGCGAGGACGCGAAGUCAGAGUCGCGGUCGAAGGAGCGCUUCCACUCCAAGAUCAACAUCAGUAUCGUGGCAGGACGGAAUCGCUACAGCAGCUGCUGGUGCGCUUCUUGGUUCUGCAUUAACCGUCACCUCCCAUGAAGUGCUCGAGAAGUUGCAAGAGGAUAGCCCGGCGGAUGAAACCGGAACGGUCAGAAAGUUGGAGUCCAUGAACGUCACACCAGAGUCCGGGUCCAAAGCAGCUCACAAUACAGGAAUUGACAAUGAGACGGCCUCUCAGCAACAAACGGAGCGCGAGUCAAUUCAAGCAAACACUGAUAUGCAUCGGAGUACUGAAUCGCAGGUUCCCACGAAAGACGCCCUGGAUACUAACGCUUGGCGAGGCGUUUUCACAGAGAUUCACAAGCGCAGGCUUGACACUGACGUGAUAACAAACGCUAGUCCUGCAUCCAACGCCGAGGAUCUAGGGGCCCGGAGCUUGCAGAAACCAGCCGACAAUGAACGUGUAACCCCGUCCAACCUAGAAGAAGUGGUUCUGGCAAAGUCAGUUGAUGUUGUCCCAACCAGCCUCGGUGAAAUGGUCAGGGAUGACACAACCAGUCUCGAGAAGGUAGAAAGAUCCGAAGAAGAAUCUGGAGAAGGCGACGAAGCGAGUGUGCCUCCGCCAUCUGGAGCAGCAGAACCCUUGGAUUCUGUCCGAGGUCUCGAGCAACAAGCCAAACCCGUUUUAGACCCACACGAGGCUCUGGAGCCGCAACCUGAAAUCUACGAAGCAGAGGCAAUCCAAGUUGAUAGUGAAUCAGACAAGCUACAGGAAGCGAGGGACAAGGAUGAUGAAGAUGUGCAGACGGCCUUCAACGAAGCGUCGCCCUCAGAAGCACAUGUGAACGCAGAGCAAGCUGAUGUGGAAGAUCCCAAAAUAGGGGAGCCCAAAGACGUGAUUGUUUCGGAUAUCCGGGAUGUCGAGGCACUUACUUCUGGCACCACAGAGUCAUUUGAAGACGCACUGGACGUACAGCCGACGGAAUCUACUUCGGCACAAGAUUCUGACUCAUCAGCGCAUCCAGAAGUCGAACAUCACGUCGAUAUCAACGAACAUCUAGCGGCCGACCAGACGGAGCUCGAGCAACCUCUUGCAGAAGGUGUUUUAUCAAGUAUCGCACAAUCAAGCCGUGAUCCUCUUGAAGAGGCAUUCAAGGGAGCCGUACAAGCUCGAGGCUUGGUUGAGGGCGCAUCCGUCGAAACAGCGUACCAAGCAUUCCAACCAGAGAUUCCUGAUGUUAGAGGGACUCAUUUGUCCACUAUCCGAGAAGAAGGCGAGACCCCAUCCGUCUCUACCCAGCAAGCCUCAGAGAUACUUAGGACAGAAGCGGAUGUCGGGCGUUCGAAGAAAGACAAAAGAAACAAGAAGAAAGCAAAGAAGGCGUUAGCAUUGGGUAACCUGGUGGAAUCAGACUCAGCGCCAGUUGACGCUGAAACCUCGCAAUCCCCAUUGGAAGAAUCCCAUGUCAAAACAUCAGAGCCAACGUUGUCUGGGGAGGUCAAUAAAGAGCUCGCAUCAGCAGGAGAAGGGCCAAAUCCCUUUGGCGAUGAUUCUGAAAUCAAAACCAGUGAGUCAGACAUACCACCUGGCGAUGUCAAAGAGGGUUCCGAUGUUCCCGUGACUACCGAUACUGAUAGUCGGACGAUAACCUUGUCGUCGACUCCCGAAGAUGACAGUGGCGGUGCAUAUUCGAAGAAAAUGAAGAAGGGCAAAAGGGGAAAAAAACAACAACUUCAGUCUUACGACUGGGACGAGACUGGAACAGGGGUUGAUCAAACCGAAACUAGAGAGGCUGAGCAGGCCACUGACCCAGCCCUUCAACAGUCCACUCCCAUGAGUCCCUCAGAUGAACCCGCGCAGCCGACAUUAGAGGGACCUGGCUCACUGGAGAGAUCCGCUGAUUCUGCAGACACAGUCCAACAGGACUCAGGUUAUGUCCAAGAGACUACUUCAAGGUCGGGCAAGAAGAAAAAGUCUAGGAAAAAAAUGGAUGCGCCGCCGACGAUCGAGCAAACGGGCGGACAGACACCUGAAGAAGAUCCAUCUACUAUUACUAUCCUACCCUCUGAACAACAACCAAGAACGGACCAAGCAGCCUAUGUGUCAAGUCUGAUUGAAGAGCCCAAUCCUACGGAACAAGGUGUGCAAGAACCAGAGGCGAUCGAGGAAUCUCAGGCACCUUCCGAGUUAUUGACACCGGAAACGAUCGAUGUGACCUCCAGAAAAGUUGCAAUUGACUCUUCAAAGCCCAGUUCUAGGUCAGAGGUCGCUGGGGACCAAGUACCGCAAACUCCAGGGCAAGCGAACACAUUACUCAGUACCUUUCAGGAGGACGGGAAUUCAGACGAACACCAGACGCUAGAUGCCAGCACUCCCGCUGACCUGGUCGGAGCUGAAAGUCCGCUCACAUCCACAAAGCUUUCUGGAGAUAAUGUUUAUACAUCUUUCGAGGAACCAGAAGCUGCGGGAGCUAAUCUGAAGUCAACUAAUGCGACUGCGCUGGUCCAUGCUCUGACCCCUCCGGAUGAAACACAAGAGGUGAAAGUGGCAGCCACAUCCGGAGAGCCUCUACCAGAACUCCCUUCAGCAGAAGACGAACAAGCUGCAAAACACCUGGGCCCAGAGCUUGGAGCCAUCCCUAUUAUAGGUGAGGGCGAGCAAGUCCAUGACGAGCCAGGGGUUCCUGCGCCAAACCCACCAUCGGUCGUCAAAGAAGAGGGAAUGGAAGAACCGCAGGCCGCUUCAAUCCAUGAUGAAGGCCUGGCGAGGGCAAAGUCACCACUCGAUGAAACCUCCAUCAAAGAGUCGAUGGCAUACCAGGACGAAGAUAUGUGGGCUUUCACAUCGAAAAAGUCGAGAAAAGAUAGGAAAAAGAAGCGAGCUUCUGCUUUUGAUGGUCUCCAGAAUUCAGGAUCUGGUCAGGAGGCGUCUUUGUCAGAUGAAAUCGUGACACAGCCAAUGGUCUCUGAAGCUGGUGGGGACAACAAGGACACAGAGUCGCCAACAGAACCGGUAUCAGCCGGAGCUCCACCUCCAGAUGACCUAGCUCUUGCCGAAGAUGAGCCUCGCCAUGAUGACGAUACAUUCCCUGUGACGAAAAAGGUCAAGAAGGAUAAGAAGAAGAAACGCACCAGCUUAUUGAAAAGCACCGAAUCUUACUCAUCGGCGCAAGAUGGAGAAACUGCAAACAGUGUCGCCGACUCUGGUAUCCCACACGAAGAAUCAACCACAGAAGCACCGACAACACAAGUCGCUGAGAUUCAACUCGAGUCCCAGCCAGCUUUGGGUGGGGAAGAGCCUCAAGAUAUUGGUGACGGCUCCGGUUCUAAGAAGAAAUCCAAGAAGUCUAAGGGCAAAAAAAACCGGCAGUCCUUGUUUGAUGGUGACGUAGCUGGAUCGGCCGACGAUGUUAGGACUGAGAGCGGUGACCGACUACCUCAAACUUCACCUACUCCAGCUGCAGAACAAACCGCAGAACAAGUUGAAGGCUCAGAUACAGUUCCAGAUUUGGACGAAAAAAUCGAGGAUGCCCACGGUCCGCAAACUAGAGAAGGUCAAGCCAGCCCCGAUUCUGAAGAGCAGAACACGAGCGCUGUCGAACAACAAAUUGCUACGGUCCUGUCUACAGAGCCUGCGGAACAUAAUGAUGCUCCUCCUCAACCAGCAGGCAACGGUACUCAAAGCGGUACUGAUCCCCAACCAACGUUGGAUGUCGCGGAAGAAAUGCCUCGCACCCUAGCAUCUAGCUUUGAAAGACUCCCCGACGUGGCAAUGCAGUCUGCUCAGGACGAGGCUGUCACCAAGGCCGACGAUUUCUCUGUAUCCGGUGCUGUUACUGACGAGACGUCAGUACCUGAACCUGUCGGGACAAGUGAUUCUCCUGAACCUCAGGCACUCGAGAAUCCUCCCCCAGAGGCAGCAACCCUGUCAUUUCCUGUCAAUCCAACGACCGAGACUACAACUGAUCUGACUGACAAACUGGCUGCUGAGUGUGCCAGUGAACUUGCUCCUGAAUCUACUGGCGAGCCUCUUGCAGAAAAGAUCUUUGAGCAUCCUCCCGAGUCCCCGAUCGAGCCUAAGAUCGGGUCUGCUACAGACCCCAUACCUGUAUCUACCGAUGAGUCUGGUGUUGAACCUGCCGUUGAACCUGCUGUCGAACCUACCCGAGAGCCACUUCCUCAACUUUCUCUCGAGCCCAAUUCUGACCCUAUCAAUCAACCUACUCUUCAGCCAGUCAAUGAACCUGCUACUGAACCGAGUGCCGAGAUCGAUCUCGAAACAUAUAUUGGAGCAAUUGGAGCUUCUACUGAAACUACGAGGAAGCUAAUCAGUGAAACUGAUAUUGAAGCUCCUGCCAAGGUUUCUCUUGAUUCUUCUGUUGGACAAGUGAACGGAGUAGGGGCUAGAGGCCCUACUGAGACUGCUAUCGAGUCUACCCCUGGCCAGCAACUAUCAUCUGACGAUGUGGUAGAGGAAGACUUUGGUCUUUUAUCGAAGCGAUCAAGGAAAGAAAAGAAGAAGAAAAACAAACGGCAAUCAACCCUCGUUGCAGAAACAAUCCGGCAUAGUCCUCCGUCCAGUCAAACCCAAGCCGUGUCAGAUGAACCAGAGCUAAUGUUCGAUGAGUCCACCGAGCCCAGUAUCACCAAGUCCACUUUGCCCGAAGGAGAGAUGCAAGGCGCGGCGGCUACGACAGAAGAUAUCAGUAAGCAGAGUAUGGCACCAACGUAUGUAUCGGCAAAGAAAGACAAGAAAAAGAAGAAGCGACAAUCAACCCAAGUUGCUGAUACGCCGCAAGUAGAAACAAUAGCAGAUCUCAGCAACGGUAUGAAUAUCGAAUCGGAAUCUCUGGCCGAUCCUCCUUCAAUUGACACGGCAGCAAGUGAAUCAAGGCUUGCUAUUGAACCAAUGACUGGAGAUGCUAUCGAUGCUGCUCUACCUGAGGGUGACGCGGUGACCAUGGAAGAAGACUCUGAAGAGGUUCAACAACAGAAAUCCGAGACUAGUUGGGAAGAUAACCUGCCAUCGAUAUCUACAAAGUCGAAGAAGGACAAGAAAAAGAAGAAGCGACAAUCCAACAUCGAACCCGCAACGCCUGAACCGAAAUUUGAAGCCUCGAGUGAAGAUGCUUCUCAGUCACAAGCGGACAAUAUCGCUAAGGUCUCAGCCAUCGAGGAAACUGAAAUGUCGGAAACGGUUGAAACCCCCAAAGGAGAGGACGUCCCCUCUGCUCUCGGAGAUCAAGAUGAAGAAUGGUCGCUUCCUUCAGACAAAAAGAAAAAGAACCGAAAAAAGGGCCAGAAACUAAAAUCUGCUGAGGCGAGUCUCCCCCAGGCUGGCGGACAGGUCAGCCUGCAGAAUGAUCCGGAUGUCGAAAGCAAUAUCGAGAAUGUGGAGGAGGAAGGGAAUGUAAAUCUUCCGGAAAAGCAGCCAAUAGCUGAACCUAUAGCUCAGCAAGAUCUAGCUCCAGCAGGAGCAGGCCAGAUGGUUUCAACUCCCUCAAUGCCAGGAACAAACCCCUCCAUUUCUCUGGGAGGUCUUGGUAAUCAACCACAGGCAGCUGGAUAUGUGGAAGAGCCGAGAAAGGUACAAACGGUUUCCGAAGAGGAUAGAACUGAUGUCGAAAAGCUACUGCAAGAGGAGCCUGCUGGAGCGGAACCUGUCCGACGCGAGGCUGAACUUGUGGAUGGACGUGCGAGGCGGGUGCCCGAGAUAGCGGGGUCAAUUGCUGGAACACCAGAAGGAGUGGCUAUGAGUAACGCCGCUGAAACUACUUCAACAGAUCAAGUUUUCGAACACGAAGACUCUUCCUGCAAAAAGGCAAAGAAAGGGAAGAAGAAGGCCCGUCAAUCCGCUGCUGAGAAGGCUGAAGAACAAGAAGCGGUUGAGAAACCUGUGGAAGAAGCUGAUUCUUCCACUACCCCUGAAGCUGAGCAGCCUGUUGCUGAAAAGGAAAUGUCAACUCGGAAGAAAUCGAAAUCGAAGAACGGCGGAAGGAACCAGCGGCAACUUUCCUGGGAUGACAGUAACGCCGAGCCUACGGGAAUCACGGCAGAAAUUGAAUCGACAAACGUGGAGGCCUUGGACAAAGCAACACCACAAGCAAUGCCCGACCAGAGGUUUGAGCCAGAGGAAUGGAACGUCACCAAGAAAAAGGGCAAAAAGAAGAAGCAGCCGCUGACCUUUGCGGACUUUGAGGCACUGCCGGCAUCAGUGGAGGCAUCAGCUAGUCCAAACCCCGUUGUCGAAGGUGAACAGCCAGAAGAGAAACCUUUGUUCUCGACAUCGAAAGACGAUGUUGAAGACCCGCCCCACACAGAUGAUUUGAACGAGGAACAGCGCUCUGAUGAUAACGUUCUCGACACCGGUUCCAGAUCAGUUAGCGGUGCAGGACGACAAUAUGAGACGUCAACGGACGCCACAAUCCUCCGAAGGCAUGGGGGAAUGGAUAGUCAAGAUUCCAAAGAAACUGCAGCACAGGAUUUUCCCGCGGUGGCAUUUGGACAAAUCGAAGCAGAUGAAAACAAAAAGAUUGAGCCGAGCCAUCCCAUUGCCAAUGCGUCCACCACAACGCCCUUGGAAGACAAAAGAGCGGACGUCAGCACCGAAAGUGUUGCAGAAGCCCCAGCAUCGCUCCACACCGACUCGGCGCAUGUUGAAGGAUUGUCGACUUCAGAAGCUCCAAUUUUGACAGAAAGGAUGCAGGCGCAAAAUUCUGAAGGAAAUCCGCCGGAAACACCGAUAUCAAUGCAAGCCGGACCACGGCAAGCCGAUGAGAUCGCCAUCCCAGAUGAAACGAAGGCACUCCCAGCAGAUGAUCUGCAAUCCCGAGAAGCUCCUCCGCUAGAGCGCGUGGAGAGUGAGGUGCAAGAAGCACCAAGUGCAGCACAGGAGGGGGUGGUGGUGGAGAACAUAACAGAAGAAGUGGUCCCGUCGCGGUCGAAGAAGAAGAACAAGAAACAGCGUCGAUCUACAUACGAGGAGCCUGUGUCCGAGCCUCGGGAAACGGGAAAUGUAGGACCUGAGGUCGAAGCAAAGGAAUCCAAACUGGAGCUCGCAGUGGUCGAUUCUCCAGAACAAGAUCCAGCUGCUGAAAAAUCAAAUGACACUGUAGCAGACGAAGACACUUUCGCUUCAACCAAACGGGUAAAGAAAGACAAGAAAAAGAAACGGAAGACACUCUCACUUGAGGGAGACGUGAAUGAACCACAGCCGACAAUUCAGAACAAUCUGGAAAAAGUCGAAGAGACCACCGCAAACAAAUUCCAGCCCGGAACAGAAGCCAUGGUAACUUCAAUCGGCACAAGUUCUCUGGAACCUGACCCCGAACGUGACAUUGCCGAAAAAGCUACGGCGAGAGCAGCUUCACAGCCUCUACCUGUAGUCGAGCCUACAGAGGACACACUCUCUGGGUCGGCAUUUCCAAUCCACAGCGCCAUACAGACUUCCCCACCGACUGCGGAUGAGAUGAAUGCGGCCGGUGCACCUUUGCUACCCCCCGAAUCCGAAUCCGAAAUGCUGGAGGGUACAAAAUUGGAGAACACCACUGCAUGCAUUCCUCACGCGGAGGAGCUUGACUCUGUCAUACCAGACUUGGCGUCUACGAAGUCGUCUCGGAAAGAGAAGAGGAAGAGCAAAAAGAAAACAGUGCUCGAAGAAGAGCCGAAGACCGAUGAUAUUGAAGACCUAAGAGCGGAGAAUGGAGCCGAUACACCGCGAGACGAUAUGCCUGCGGAACCCAGCAAGUCAUCAACACUCACAGAGGUUCAGCCCGAGUCUGAAUGGGGAUUCUCCAGCAAAAAGUCCAAGAAGAAGAGUAGGGGUAGUAAAGCCUUGACUGCUGCUGAUGAAUUCGAAACAUCAGGCACAGCAACACCGGGUUCCAAUGACGAUUUCAUGUCGGCCGUGCAAACACCAAUGCAACGGACCGUGUCGCCGGAGCUCAUGGACGCUGUCAUGGCAGAACGUAACGAGGUCCCUACCCUGGAGACUGACAGUGCUGAAUUCUUUGCUCCGGCAUCGAGCAAGAAGAAGUCCAAAAAGGACAAGAAGAGGAAGUCAGUCCUUGCUUGGACAGGAAAUGAGGAUCAGACAGCUGAAGCUGCCUCUGGGUCAUCGACAACGGCACCACCUACAGAGCCAGAAAUCUCGCGGACCGAUGAAAUUGCUUGCAUGGAGGCACUUCCUACUGACCGGGAGAAAGGUCACGCUAAAAGCAAGCUCGAAACUCCGGCCCCCCUCACGGCGUCACUCGAGAUGAAGACUGGGGAUAAUAUGGAUUCAAUUGCCUCCGCUAAUCAAGGAUCACUACCUUCUCAGGACUACACCAAUAACGCGUCGGACACCCACGAGUCGGCCGUUCUAUUUGGUGCAGCAGGGGACACACCUGGCCAGCGUGCUCUAGACAAAUCAAUUGAUCCGAUAUCUACGUCGGAGCAAGCUGCAUCGCCAACAACCAAACUUGAGCAUGUGGAUGAUACAUUGCCCCGUGAGAUGGAGAUUGAUCCCGCGCAGCCCGCCAGCAACAUCGGCGAUGGUAUGCUGAAUGAAGGAGCGAACAGGGCCAGUAUGAUAUUGGAUUCCGCGAAGGGCAUGUUUGGUGCCGACCCAGCAAACGAUCAAAAAACGCUGUCGCGGGACGAGUCUGCCCAUUUUCACGCGCAAGAUACACAUGUAGAGCUCGUCACAGCGAAUACUGGUGUCCCAGAUGUAAUUGAUCACAGGCAAGAUGUGUUAGAGACUGACACUAUCACGUCAGAGAAUCGAUUCGCUACUUCUAAAAGGGGUCAGGAGGAUGCUGUGGCAGAUGCUAUAAUCACAGUCUCGAAAGACGGAAAAGACGCAACCGGACUCGAGGACCCCGAUUUUGGCAUCAAUAAAGAUACUUCGAAGCGCAAGAAGAGCAAGAAGGACAAGAAGGCAAAGAAGAAAAGUGGGAUAUCCGAAGGGCUCGAGGAUAUUGUCCUGCCAAAGAUGGAACUCGACCAAACUGAAACUCUAGAGCCUGAAAUUCCUGAAAUCAUCCACAAUGAGGCCAGGGAAUUUUCAGAUGUUCCAGCACAUGCCCAAGAGAAUACCGAAGAUUUGUCCGAUGUAAGUGCGACCACACGUGAAAGACGAAAGAGAAGAAAAUCACCUCCGGCUUGGUCAGGAGAAGAGCCUGAAGACCUACCAAGGGAUCGUGCGCUUACUCCACCACCUGAACACGACGAUAUUAUGGAUACUGCCCUCGGGGUUGCCGCAGGACUUGGAUUUGGUGCUGGAGAAAGCGAGUCGAGCAGAGAAACUCCACGAAAGGCACCCUCGCCCACUCGGCAACCGUCCGCAGGCUGGUCUUUUGCUAAGCUUGAUCCUGUUACCAAGCUUGCCCAUGCCGAAUCGAAUAGAGACAGCGGUGUUCAAUUCGAGUCGCCGGAUCCAUCAUCAGGUCACUUUCCAUCCGCAAGAGACAGUGGCUAUGUCGCAAGCCCUACGAUCCAAGAUGGUGAAUUCGGUACCCCCAGGGAAAUCCACACAGAUAUAAACCUUCGUCCGCCUCGGCCUCAAUCACCCACAAGCUCGACAGAGGAUGUAUCCAAGAAUGUGACGAGUAGGCACCAGGUCGAUCAGUCGAUCAGCCUAGAGACGCCCAGAAGAAAGCCUUCGCCGGUGGAAUCCACUUCAAAGGACAGAUCCUCGGUUCUGUUCAAUUCCUCUCCCGCCAUGCCAUCCCCGAUAAACACGGAUAUUCGGAACAGAAGUCCUCAAGAUAUGGCAAGUACCCUUCAGAGAAGCCCCAGUAUUCAUGGCCAUCAUCUCAGCCGGGAGGAGCUGAGGCAACAAAAGGCCAAGAUUUCCCCACACAACGAUGACAGUGACCAACUUGCUUGGAAUCAGAUUAGCCGGUCAGGUGUAGCACCGGGGAAUCGGUCGGGCUUUGACUCACCAACACAGGCCAACAUCAUGCGCCCGUUUUCGCCGGGCAAGACGACGCUCAACGCCAUCAAUGAAGACUCACACGAGGCGAGCUCACAGAUACAUCCGUUCGUCAAUCCUCCCACAAAUCUGACGCCUCGACAGCCUGCAGAGACCGACAGCCUUGGAACAGCUGGCUUGGCGGCAGCCGCUGGAGCAGCCGCGCUUGUAGCCUCCGCAGCAAUUUCACGUGACUUUCCCAGUCCCAGCGCUAAAUCUCUUGGCAGAAGCAAGUCUCGGACCUCAUCGUUGCGCAACCUGCACAGCACCUCAGUCUCCCCCUACGACCCAGCCAAUUUCGCGUCGGGGUCAUCACAAGCACCGGUCAAUGCCCAGAGCGCGGGCAAGGCUGCUGCUCGUGAUAGGGAAAUGGCAGAUGUCUAUGAUGGGUAUGGUUCACUACCCGGUAGUCCCCGUUCUCCCACACGACCUCCGAGUAUCCGACAACGACAGAGCAUGCAGCAAAUAAGAGAUCUUGAGGCGAAGUUGGACCAGCUCGCAAGUGAGAAUCGCUCCUUGGCCGAAGCAAAGAUAGCCACAGAACAGCAACUCGAACAAGCUCAUUUCGAACGCAAUCGAGUUGAAAACGCGGAAGUAGCGUUCAACGCGCAAAUCCAGGAGCGGGAUGCGGAAAUCACGCGUCUCAAACAAGAGGUGGCCUCCCUGAUCGCGACACAUGAGUCACUGAAAAGAGAACACGAACAGAGCUUGUCCAGUCUCCGGCAUAACUACGAUGAGGCGCAAUCGCAAUGGCAAGACUCUUUGAAAGAACUGGAAACGCUGCGAUCACGGCACAAUGAGCUGUCAACUGGGAUGGAGUCCAUCGUCAGGCACGAAAUCGAUACAGCUCUUGGCGAGAAAAAUGCAGAAAUAGAACGACUUCGGGGAGAGCUUGAAGCUGCCAGAGGAAAGAUCAGAGACUUGCAGUCUCAGAUACUGUCAAAGGGGGCAGACGAUGUGGUUGUUUUCCACGACGAGGAUUACUUUGAUCAAGCGUGCCAGAAGCUGUGUCAACAAGUACAAGGGUGGGUACUUCGGUUUUCCAAGUUCAGCGACUUGAAGCUUUGUCGCACAACAAAUGAGGUCCGAGAUGAAAAGAUUGUGGACCGAUUCGACAAUGCGAUACUCGAUGGUUCAGACGUGGAUGACUAUCUGGCGCACCGGGUCAAGCGACGAGAUGUUUUCAUGUCGGUGGUGAUGACCAUGAUCUGGGAGUAUGUCUUUACUAGAUAUCUGUUUGGUAUGGACCGUGAUCAACGGCAGAAACUGAAGCAGCUGGAGAAGAAUCUGGGAGAAGUGGGACCACCGAGCGCGGUUCACCAAUGGAGAGCCCUCACGCUCACGUUGCUCUCCAAACGAGAGAGUUUCAAGGCGCAACGGGAGAGCGACACCGAAGCAGUGGCCAUUGAGAUUUUCUCGACAUUGUCACGCUUUCUCCCUCCACCCCAGCAUCUAGAGAACCAGAUUGUGGGAUCGUUGCGCAACGUGAUGCGCACGGCGGUAGAACUCUCAAUCGAGAUGCGCACCCAACGAGCCGAAUAUAUCAUGCUACCGCCAUUGCAGCCCGAGUACGAUACCAAUGGCGACCUGGCUCGGAAAGUGUAUUUUAAUGCAAGCUUGAUGAAUGAAAGAAGUGGCGAGACGACAAGCAACGAGGAGUUGGAACGUGAACAUGCGGUGGUGCGCAUGGUACUCUUCCCGCUUGUCGUCAAGAAAGGGGACGACAAUGGAGUAGGAGACGAGGAGAUUGUCGUGUGCCCUGCGCAGGUUCUGAUCGCAAGACCAGAUAAGGGAAAGCGAGUGAAGAGCUCGGCGAGACACGUCAGCGGUGGCAGUGAUGCGAAGAGUUUGCGUGCUGUGAGCACGCACAGUCUUGCCAUGAGCGGGAUGGAAGGGAACGAGAACAUGUUCUGA